UGUGCAGGAGGAGAGUCCGGUAAAGCACGAUCGUCAAACAAAUGAAGAUUAUCCAUGAAGACGGCUUCUCUGGCGAUGAUGUGAAACAGUACAAACCCGUGGUUUACAGCAACACCAUCCAGAGCCUGGCAGCCAUCCUCAGAGCCAUGGACUCACUGGGCAUCGAGUUCGGAGACAAGGACAGAAAAGCCGACGCUAAGCUGGUGUGUGACGUGGUCAGUCGUAUGGAGGACACGGAGCCGUACUCUGCAGAGCUUCUCACGGCCAUGAAGCGAGUUUGGUCCGACGCUGGGACUCAGGAGUGUUUCAACCGUGCCCGAGAAUACCAGCUCAACGACUCGGCUAAAUACUACCUGGACAGUCUAGACCGGAUCGGGGCGGCAGACUACCAGCCCACAGAGCAGGACAUCCUCAGAACCCGAGUGAAGACCACCGGCAUCGUCGAAACUCACUUCACCUUCAAAAACCUCCAUUUCAGGCUGUUUGACGUGGGAGGUCAGAGGUCAGAGAGGAAGAAGUGGAUCCACUGCUUUGAAGAUGUGACAGCCAUUAUCUUCUGUGUGGCCCUGAGUGGAUACGACCAGGUGCUGCACGAGGACGAGACGACUAACCGCAUGCAUGAGUCGCUCAUGCUCUUCGACUCCAUCUGUAACAACAAGUUCUUCAUUGACACCUCCAUCAUCCUCUUCCUCAACAAGAAGGAUCUAUUUGCUGAGAAGAUCAAGAAGUCGCCGCUGACCAUCUGUUUUCCAGAGUACACAGGUGCUAACACUUACGACGACGCGACGACGUACGUGCAGGUUCAGUUUGAGAGUAAGAACCGUUCUCCUAAUAAGGAGAUCUACUGUCACCUGACCUGUGCCACGGACACAGGAAACAUCCAGGUAGUGUUUGAUGCCGUCACCGACAUCAUUAUUGCAAACAACCUGAGAGGGUGUGGCUUAUACUGAGAGCCCAGAGGUGGUCAUGGAGAGUAUGAGGUGUUAAUAAUAAUCAUUUUGAUGAUACUUAAACACAAUAAAUAUGUCAUUGUACACGUCCUAAUGGACCCAAAGAGCUGCCGUCAGACACCACACUGGAUCUUUGCCAUGAUUUCUUCCCUUUGUCUCGUUUUAAAUUCACUUUUGUCAGAAUCAUCGUGUGUUUUUCAUAUUUUGCACCCGGGGUUUUAUUCAGACUCAGCGUUGUUAGACAGAGAUCACAGGGAGAGAGAUUUUAAAGCACAAACAUGGAUUCUUGUCUCAGUUGUUGUGAAUGAACUGUUCUGGAUACAACCCCUGGUGUGUGUGUGUGUGUGUGUGUGUGUGUGUGCGUGUGCGCGUGUGCGCUCGCUCGCUCCUCCUCGUGGCUCAGGGUGAUGGUUGGAAAGAAGGAGGCUAUUUUCAGUGUGAGGAGGACAAAGCUCAGCGCUCCUUCCUCCUCACACAUGACUGAAUGGCCUGCAGGUUUGUUCCACUCUCACAAAACAUAAUGAAAGGGUCUGUAAACGUCUGGAAGAAUGAGGAAAGUCACAUCAGUGCCAACCAUCUUAGAUGAGAUUGGAAUCAGAAGUAAUAGAUGAGUUUAUCGUCAUUGAAUGAAUUAUUGAAUGAAGCCUCAUGCCCUACAUGCCUCCUCCUACCUCCUGCAAUCCCGUGCCACAUAUUUAUUUCCUGUCCUGAGAAAGUGGGGAACACAGUAGCUGUGUGUGCGGUUCAGAGGUGGAAAGCAGCUUCCACUGACAUCUCCUUCUCUGUGUGGUGCUUUUACCCUUUGAUGUGAAUCUGUGUUGAACUAGAAGACGACUGCACAAGGAGAACACGGUCCUCUGUCCUCUGUCUGGAUCUUUUUUGAAACUCUUUCCUCCCCUAAUGAGAAACCAGGGAGCCACUUCCUGUCUGUCAUGUUUCAAAUUUACAGCUCUUUAUUCUCACCUGUGCACCCUGAAACCUCCCACUCGUGUAAUCUCAUACCUCUCACAUAUCAGCCCCCAUAUCCUAUGUCCAUCUUCACCUUAAAAGCACCGUACUGUAUAUAUAUAUAUUAUGAUUAUACCAGAUUUUUUUUUACUGUGAAUGUUUUCGUGCCGCACCCCCUCCUGUCCGGUAGUUUAUUGGUUGCUCUCAUGUGGAAUGUUUGUGCUGAGCCAAUCGAAUGUUGUGUUUACAUUAAAUCCACACUUUUCCUAACGA